AUGGACGAUCAACAAGCAGCAUUGCUGCUGGGCAUUGACCUGUCUGACUCCGACAACGCGGAAACGGAGGCUCCCGCCGAGUCCGAAGCCAACAAGCCAGAGUCGCGUAUGGUACAGUCCGCGGAAACCUUUGAGGAAGUACGAAGGACGUAUAGGCCCAAAGUUGAAAACGGAGAGAUUUGGAAAACACUACAAUUGGGCCCGGCAGGGGUACCCGCCACCAAGGCGCAGGGCCAGGCCGUCAUGCACGCGGUGGAGGAACUGUACUUUCUCCGACGGUACGCUGAGGCCCGGGAGUUCUUGAAAACGGCACUGGGGCGAGGUGACGGCGGCAUUGGCGGGGAGCUCCGUGCCGUUCUGGAGGGCUAUGAGAAGAGGUGCGAGGAGAGGCUGGCGGAGCAGGUGGGUGGGAAGGAGUGCUAA